AUGAAGGACCCUAUCAGCACCUGCUCUUAUAACCACAUCUAUCAAAAUGCAAAACAACAUUCCAAAACUGGGGAAUACUUCUUCAAAGAACUUGUGACAGUUUUCCAACAAAGGGCGGAACUGGAGCUUACAUACGCCAAAGGUCUGCAAAAGCAAGCAGGGAAACUGUUGAGAGCCUCAAAAGGAAUGUCCGACAAUUCCAUCUACAGGGCCUGGUGUCAUGUGUCGGAUGAGAUGUACUCCAGAGCAGACGCUCACAGAUCAUUGGGCAAUUCAUUUCAGCAAGACACCAUUUUGGACAUACGACAAGUCCUGGAUGAGCACUGUAAGAGGAAGAAACCGCUCGACAUUGCCAUUGAUAGAAAUGGAAAACUUUUCCAUGCUAACUGGAGUGAACAACUUAAGAUCAAAAAGAAAUUGGCUGGACUAACCAAAGAACAUGAGGCACUCUUCAACUUUGUCGAAAACAACAAGCACGUCAGCACUGAAAAAGAAAAGCAAAAGAUGCUCAACAGGCUGACUAAGUCAGCAGAACUGCAGGCGCGGGUGGAUGCCGAUUACUUCAAUAUCAACAUGGAGGGUCAUCAGAUGAGACUCAAGUGGGAGAACACAUUGAAAAACUGCUACCAGAUCAUUCAGGAAUUGGAGAAACAGCGAAUUGAAGUCCUCUGCAACAUUCUGAGCAGAUACAGCCUCCACAUGUCCAGCUUUGAGCAGGCCCUCAAACACGGCCAGAGGCAGAUCGAGCAGGCGGUCCAGAGGGUGGACGUGGACAAAGACAUGCAAGCGCUGGUGGAGGAAAACAGCAUCACAGAUGAAGAUAACAAAGCAGAAUUUUUGAUGGCCGAUUACUUUGAGGAAGGAAACAAAUCACUGAUGAGCAAAGAAAGAAGAAGAGAUGCCAUCAACCUCAAACUUCAGCGUCUGGAGGCCAGCAUUGAAAAGACAAAGAAAGACUGGGAAGGUAUUGAAAAACUAUUGAAAACGUACUCUGAGAACCCUUCUUUCUCAAACCAGAGGAACCUGGAGGAAACUGAACAGCUUCUAGAUGAGAGUACACUAAAACUGGAUCUCCUUGAGGCCACUCACUAUAAACUGUCUGCCUCACUCUCUGAAUUUGAAGGAAAGCCCAAGUCGUUUUACAGAUUUAGGAACAGCAUUUAUAAAUGGAAAGACAAGGACUGUGAGCAUAGCAUCAUUCAACUGAAUCGUCCAGUCAAACUCAGGAGGACUCCAUUCAGAUCUACAAAGUCGCUGAGGGCCUCGGUCAUUUACAAAGGGCCAGUUCACUCGCUAACACAACCGUCUGCUGGGGUAUCAGCAAAACCAACAAACCAGGUCUCAUCCAUAGCUGCGACAAAGGAACCCGUGGAGUGUGAGAGCACAGCUGAGGGACCUGAGUCCCUCACAGAUGAAGUCAAAGGACAAGCAGAUGAAAUGGAGGAGCUGUGCAGUCUAGGGAAAUGCAAGGCUCUGUACAGCUUCACACCCGAACAUCAAGAUGAAUUGGCUUUAAGAGAAGGCGAUCUUAUAGACAUUUAUGCCAAGGAGGAGAACGGUUGGUGGUUUGGUGCUCUUAACGGGCAGAAAGGACAUUUCCCAUCAACCUAUGUUGAAGAGUUACCUGUGAUAAGCAGCAUUGAAUCAUCAAACGCCUAAAAGACCCCAAUGAUGAGCAGCAAAAACACCAAACUAAUGCUCCAUUUUGUUGAU